UCAAUUGGAUUAAAAUACAAGUGUACAGCGAGGGGUGACUUACCACUAAGGUGAAGGAGCUACAGUUAGAAGGAUUUAUAUCAGUACUGUAACUAAACUAACUACCCAAAGGCAGCUGUGGUCUGGGAAUAACCUAAAUUAAUGCAGAGGGAAUAUUCAGAAGAUGGACUCUGCAGAGAAACAGGCAUUACAUAACUUGAGACAUGACUUACAGAGCCACAUGGUGAUCACAGAUCGCAUUCUCAGGCACUUACUACAACACAAUAAAAUCAACAAAACCGAGAAACAUGACUUGUCAAUUCAUGGAGCUUCUUCACAAAAGAUUAAGAAGCUGAUACAGAUCUUACAACACCGAGAGCAGCCCCUACAGGUGAUGACAGAUGCCCUCUUGUUGGAGACAAGAAACAUUUUUAUUGUUAAAAAACUAAAUAAGAAAGUGAGAUAUUAUCGUUCAAGGCAAGAGCAGGAAGAAAACAAAAUAAAUAACAGCAAUUGUAAUCAGCUUCAACCAAUCAGUGAAAUUCUGUUUAAAAGGGGAUAUGCUGUUGUUUAUGGUACAUGUCAUAAGCUGGCAUAUCCCAAAGGACAUCAAAAACUAGUGGAGGGAAUGAAUGUCUUCAUGAAAACAAUAGAGGACUGUAGGGAUACCUUCAAUGGGUGUGAAACCAGACAUUUCCAAGACAUUGUUAAAGAUUACUGUAACAAAAAGGAAAAAGAAAUCAAGGAUGCCAAAGCCCUUUGUGCCAAAUUAGUCAAGACUAAAAACUGUGAACUUGAUCAGAAAGCUGGGGAAAUGAGUUCCCUUAAAGAAGAAGUGGAAAAGCUCAGAAGGGAAAACGAAAAAAUACGCAAAAAUAUGGAUCAAGAAGUUCGUGAAAAAGUUCGAGAGGGUGUCCGACAGAGUUUACUGUCCAUGCCUAUGCUGAGUUCGUGUCUGGGUUUAAGGACAACUAGUAUGGGCAGGGCACGAGAACACUCCGAGUCUUCUGGGUUUUCUGGGAAUAGUGACACAGGGUCCACAUCUUCCUCUGACCCCCGGGAGGACAGCGAGGAUGAGGAGGGAUUUAAUACGGAGACUACGGACACUUACAGUGAGGCUGGCCAAUCAGCAACGAGGAUCACCCACAAUUACAACAUCUACAACAACUACAUGUAUAGUGAAGCUAGGCUUUAUCAGUCCUAACCAAUCAAACAAGCCAAUACAACAACUACAUGUAUAGUGAAGCUAGGCUUUAUCAGAGCUAACCAAUCAAAUCCUACAACAUUAACCAAUGUAAAAAUGUAAAUACCUUGUUGUUACUUUAUUUAUAAUUUUAUAUUUUACAAAAGAUUAUUAAAUUAUAUAUAAUAAUCAAAAUUUACACAUUUUUAUUUAAAAUUUUUAUCAUAUGUUAAUUUUUAUAAUUGCAAAAUGUGCCAAGUAACAUAGAGCCUUUACUUAAUUAAAUAUUUUAAUUAUAAAUAAGAGGAGCCUACUAUGUAUUAUAAAAGUUUAUAUUAUUUUCCAUUCAUAGUUUAAGUGUGUGAUGUGUGAAUAUAAUUGGAAUGACUUGUAUUUAUGCCAGAUUAUUAAGCUGAGAGUAACUUUAGAAUUUUGUAUAUAUUUCACUUUAUAAAAGACCUGCAAGGUUUACAUUGUUACACACAAAAGAAGUUUUUAUAUUUACAUUGAAAUUUAUUUAAAUGCCUUCCUCCAAAAGAAAACUGUUCUUUUAAAGUAUUGUACGUCUUCCAGAGCUCUGUUAUCACUGCCCUUCAUAAGUUUUUGAUCUUUAGCCAAAAUCACUAUUCCCAUGCUGCCUUGAACAUUGUGAAAUAAUUCAAAACUUCCUAUACCCUCAUGCUUGCUCUUUGUUAUAACAUGUUAGUAACAGUUUAACAGAAAGCUGAAUUUAGUUCCAAUUCAUCUGGCAUGUUCCACCCAGGGAUCAUCCUCUAGUUCCCAGUUCUGUGUUAUCAUUCUAGACAAUCACAUUAUAAAUUUAUUUACAUUUUUUGUUAAGUUUUGUAAAUAUUUAUUGUUAUAACUUGUUAUGUGAAAACAUCAUGUGAAUCUGAUGUUGGAUUUUUGAACUUUUAGGAUCAGCAUAUUACUGAUCUCUUAAUCCAGUAGUGUCCUUUGUUUUGUAGUUAUCUGGACAUUAGCUAUGGUUAAGGAGUUAGUUAUGCAUUUGUUAAAGGUUAACUUCUAUAAGUACCUGCCCUGUUAUGUUUGUUUCUGAAAUAAAUUCAAUAUAAAAAUUGA